CUCAUUGAUUCGCAAUCACAUUAAUAUUAGCUAUGAUCUUGCAGGGACCCAUCGUGUGGUUUUCGCCUUUAAUAGGUGCGGCAUUAAGUUCGUGACCUCGACGUCUGGCGUGUUCGUGCAGAUGGCAGUCUUCAAACAGCUACUAAACAAAAUUCACCUAUUCUCGUCUCGCCAUGAGAGCCAGACGAGCGACGAUGAAGAGGAAUUCAAGCUUCCGAACAUGGCGUCCCUCGUCAUCAUGAUCUCGAUGAAUCUCCUUCUUCAGGUAUCAUUUUUCAUUGUCGUUUCAUCGUCAAACAAAUAUGCGGAGUACUUGGGAGGAAAUGCCACUUUCUCUGGUAUUAUCAUCGGUAUACCGACGGCCUUUGCUGGGCUUUCUUUGAUUCCAUUGACAAAGUAUGAUAAAGGGGUGUACAAAAUGCCCCUUCAUGUCAGUUGCUUCUUCGCCAUCCUAGGCCACGUCGCCUACGCUCUUGCUUACCGGGCCAACUUCUUGUAUUUGAUUCUGAUCGGCCGUUGCCUCAAUGGUGUUGCAUUCUCCAUGUUCAUGUACUGCAAACGGUACUGCACAGACCCUCGAAUUGUUGGCAUCAGACGAAGGACGACACUUGCCAGCUGGUUAGUCAUUUGUCAAGGGAUGGGCAUGAGCCUUGGUCCAUUCCUUGGUGGGGUGUUGUACAACAUCGGGUUCUCAAACUCAGUUUUCAACGGUUAUACAAGCCCGGGAUGGAUCAUGGCUGGUAUUUACGUCGUCUUCUGGGUUUUGGUGACGAAAUACUUUGAGGACAUCCCUCAACCACCAACCAUGAUGGAAUUGCAGUCAGCGAGCGAUUCAAAUGAUAUCCCGAUGGUGGUCGUAGAAGCGAAAGGUCGAGACGCCGAGGCUUCUCCCAAUUAUUCAUCAGCGCCUACCACCCGCCCUCCCUCACCCGUCGACGAAUCGUUCAGAGCACAGCUCUCGCUGAUAACGCGGUCUCAGUGGGGUGUCAUUGCAACCAUGUGCUGGUUCGCGAUGCUCUGUUUUUUCAUCCUAGGUUCUUGGGAAGCCAACUUGCCUGUAUUUGGUGCUGCCGCUGGAAACCUUCACUGGUCUCCAUUCGCCGCAGGAAAUUUCAUCGCUCUCGGCGGAAUAACAUGUUUCCCCUUCCUUCUCGCCAACCUCUUAGCUGCGCGUCGUAUACAAGAUCGCAAGCUCCUCGCUGUCGGUACGAUUCUCGGCCUUGCAGGCCUUCUCAUAUUUGUCUCCAUCCUUCGCACCGGCACAGUCAAUUACGGCUCGCUAUUUGCAUGUUGGUGGACCGUGGCGCUCGGUUUUAACCUUGCGACCACUGUGACCCUUAGUCUACUCAGCAAGCAGCUCCCACCCGAGUGGAACGGGCGCACUUCGAUGGCAAUUCAAUACAGUAAUUACACUGGUCGUGUUACGGGCGCAAUCUGGGGUGGUUCGGGUGUUUCAGUUGGGAUGUUGAACUUUGUGGGAUUGGAGAUUGCUAUGGUCGGUAUUGGAGCUGUUUUGUUUACCACUUUGUGGAGGGAUCUGAAGACGAAGACGGGAUGACCUACCCAUGGAAGAGGGCAAUUUGUAUAUAGAGGCUUUUUCAUUUGUAACUACUGCACAUUUGUUGUUUUUGUAACAGAGUUUAUGGGGUCUUACA